GUCGGUACUGUCACGUGAAGCUUGCCACGGAAGUUCCUCGGUCGAUUUUGCCGACAAAAAAAGUUAUCAAAAAGCACCUGACAAGGAUUACCGUGGACAAUGAUCCACAGUUUGUUCAUCAUCAACAAUGCUGGGGAUGUUUUUAUGGAGAAGCAUUGGAAGAGUGUCAUAAACAGAUCAAUAUGUGACUAUUUCUUUGAAGUGCAAUCCAAGGCAGCCACUCCUGAAGAUGUACCCCCCGUUAUUUCAACCCCUCACCACUAUCUUAUCAAUAUCUACAGAAGUCAGUUACAUCUUGUUGCUGUGGUCACUACAGAAGUGCCACCCCUGUUUGUGAUAGAGUUUCUGCACAGGGUAAUGGACACAUUUGAAGACUAUUUUGGAGACAGUUCAGAAGCCACCAUCAAGGAGCAGUAUGUGGUUGUAUAUGAAUUGCUUGAUGAGAUGUUGGACAAUGGUUUCCCACUGGCCAUGGAGGCCAACAUCUUGAAAGAGCUCAUCAAACCUUCCAACAUUCUGCGAACAAUUGCAAAUACUAUGACAGGAAAAUCUAAUGUCAGUGGCACAUUGCCCACAGGGCAGCUGUCCAACAUCCCGUGGAGACGGACAGGAGUCAAGUAUACUAACAAUGAAGCCUACUUUGACAUCAUUGAAGAGGUGGACGCCAUUGUGGACAAAUCUGGGUCGACUGUUGCUGCAGAGAUACAGGGGCGUGUUGAUGCGACUGUAAAGUUGAGUGGUAUGCCAGAUUUGACCUUGACCUUCAUGAACCCAAGAUUGUUGGAUGACCUUAGUUUUCAUCCAUGUGUGAGGUUUAAGAGAUGGGAGGCAGAACGUGUGAUUUCAUUUGUGCCACCAGAUGGCAGUUUUAGGCUUAUGUCAUAUCAUAUUGGUACUCAAAAUUUGGUAGCUAUUCCCGUUUACUUAAGACACAAUAUCUCAUUUCGAGAGGGGAGUGGUGGAAGAUUUGAUGUAUCAGUAGGACCAAAACAGACAAUGGGCAAAACAGUGGAAAAUGUCUCCCUAGAGGUUCCCUUCCCGAAGUCAGUGCUAAAUGUAACCCUCACCCCAAAUGUAGGCAAAUACACCUUUGAUCCAGUGAACAAAAUAAUGGUGUGGGAAAUAGGGAGGAUAGACCCAACAAAACUGCCAAAUAUUAGAGGAUCUAUCAGUUUACAAAGUGGUGCACCUAUUCCAGAGUCAAACCCUACCAUAUCUGUGAAUUUCACUAUCAACCAGAUGGCUAUCUCGGGACUAAAGGUGAACAGGCUGGAUAUGUAUGGGGAGAAAUACAAACCAUUCAAAGGUGUGAAGUACAUCACAAAAGCUGGAAAGUUCCAAGUGCGGACAUGAAAUGACUGCUUGUAGAUAUUAGCUCCAAUCAAAUGACAGUUGUUGUCAAGGUCAUUUCAAUAUUUUUCAUUGGCUUACUUUUUCCAUGCAUUCUGUCAUUCACAUAGUCAUGGAUCUUUAUUUAAACUUUUAUUAUUAAAUGAAAUAUAAUUUUCUCAGCAUGAGAAUAUGAAUGAUCAUUGAUGGAAAAAGUAUAUUGUAAAAUAAAAA